AUGUACAGAUAUCCUGAUUUGCUAGGAAAAAUCGGACAACUCAUGGAUGAUUACAUUCAAGCAUUGAGAAGCAAAGACGAAACACCGGGUUCGCUCCUGACAAUGACAAAAGAAGCUGAAGCGGCAAUAUUAGACAAGUAUCGAGCGGACGUAACGGCUAAACAAGAAGAAAAAGAACGUCAGCGAGCUUUAGAAAAACAGAGAAAAGAAGUUCGGAAGAAGGAAAGAAUGGAAUUGAGAGAGGAAAAACAUCGUGUGGAAUCAACGUUGGGUCAAAAAAUAGACAAUUUCGAUCCGGAAACGAUGGAGGAUGAGAAAAUUGUUGAAAAAGAUGAGACGACGGUAACCACGGCCAAAACGUUGGAUGUUCUUUCUGCCGUACACCAUAACAUGCCCAAGGUAGCACACGCUCAGAGUCACGAUAUAAGUCAUAGCGAACCGUCUUAUUCUUUGCGACGUGAAAUUUACCAUCACGAAAGCAGGAGCAUUUAUUUCACUUUGGCAUUUGCUGGAAUCGCACUCAUGGCAGCCGUAAUUGUAGGCGUUGCCGUUUUCAGAAGGAAAAGCGCCCGACAUCCGCAUAAUCAAGGUUUCGUCGAAGUUGAUCAAGCGGCCACACCGGAAGAGCGUCACGUUGCCAACAUGCAAAUCAACGGAUACGAAAAUCCGACUUAUAAAUAUUUCGAAAACAAGGAAUAA